AUGGACGUCCUUCUAAGCCCAGUUCCCGCUGCCAGGCCUAGAACGGCUCAUCGAUCAUCCAUGGCCGCUCCAGGUCCUGCGGUCAGACCUAGAACGGGGAACAGGUCAUCCACAGCUGCUCCUUCCAGGCGUCAUAGCCGUUUCAAUGAGCAUUUGUAG